CUUAGGUCCCCCGCAUGGGACGUCUUAGGAAAGAGGGCGGAGCCCUGGGGCUGGUUGGCGGAGGUUGGGGGCCUGCGAGGCGCGCCUGCGCGGUACAGCCCCGCACGUGUUGGAGCUGGAAGCCGAGGUUGGGACUGGAGGAUCUGGAGAAUGGAAACCGUGAUGGAGGCACAGAGCCCGUUGGCCGAGGACGGCUUCAGCCAGGUCACCCGCAAAGGUGGCCGGCGGGCGAAGAAACGGCAGGCCGAGCAGCCGUCCACGCUGGAGGAGGGAGGCGACGCGACCUCCAUGGACACCGAGGAGGCCCGACCCGCAAAGAGGCCCGUCUUCCCGCCCCUCUCCGGGGACGGGUUCCUGAGUGGGAAAGAAGAAACCAGGAAAAUUCCAGUCCCAGCUAACAGAUACACGCCAUUAAAAGAGAACUGGCUGAAGAUAUUUACUCCUAUUGUGGAGCAUUUGGGACUUCAGAUACGCUUUAACUUGAAAUCGAGGAAUGUUGAAAUCAGAACUUGUAAAGAAACCAAAGAUGUUAGCGCUCUGACAAAAGCAGCUGAUUUUGUGAAAGCCUUCAUUCUUGGGUUUCAGGUGGAGGACGCACUUGCCCUUAUUAGACUGGAUGACCUCUUUCUGGAGUCCUUUGAAAUUACAGAUGUUAAACCUUUAAAGGGAGACCACCUGUCCAGGGCAAUAGGCAGAAUUGCUGGCAAAGGAGGAAAAACCAAAUUCACCAUCGAGAACGUGACCCGGACGCGGAUAGUUUUAGCUGACGUGAAAGUUCACAUCCUUGGUUCUUUUCAAAACAUCAAGAUGGCAAGAACCGCCAUUUGCAACCUCAUUCUGGGAAAUCCUCCAUCAAAGGUUUAUGGCAAUAUUCGAGCUGUGGCUAGCAGAGCAGCAGACCGAUUCUGAUUUCGCAUCAAGGACUUUUAAUCUUUGAUCUCUAUAGAGAAAAAGACUUUACUUCUACACGUUUACUUCUACAUGUGGUCACCCGACACCGUAUGGAGAACUUUUCAGUCAUGGGUACCAUUAUUACACUAGCACAUUAAGUAUAAUUUAUCAUUGUUUCCAUUUUAAAUCACAUGUAGCAGGUUUGCAUAGUUUAUAAUCCUCUUAUUUGGGGGGGCACCUCUUAUUUUAAGCAACAGUUCUUUAUUUUCUGAGUUUUUUAUUUAUAAAUUUAUAAUGUUUUCUAAAUUUGUAAACAUUUCUUCUCUGUCAGUUGUAAUUAAAAGAAUUAUCUCAGAAAAUCUGAGUUGUGACCCUUAAUAGUGAGUGGUGUGUGACUAUUUUAGACCCAGGUCAUAAACAGCAGUUUGAAUAUACCCUGUGAAAUAAGAAAAGACUAGUCUUUGUACCUAUUUUUGCAGUUUGUAAAAAUAAGUGUUCAAUAAAAGCAGUCAGACCUUACCAGUAUUGGCUAUGUUUCUUCUUAGUAGUAAGGUGAAAUGAGAAUUUUUACCCCUAAGAAAACUACUAUAUUCUGCAAAUGUAAUAAAGUUUUAACAAGCAUCUA